AUGAUUUUCAUAGUGUUGUACACGUUCGUCGUUGUAAAUAUUAUUUCCAGUACAGGUUUAAAAAUUGACAUAAAUAGAGAAUAUUUUUAUCACGACAAAGAUUUAUUUUGUGCACAACUCCAGUGUACAGAAAACAUAAGAGAAGACACUCAGAUAUCAGCUCUUGUCAACAUGUCAGUCUAUAGGACCAGUGAACCAGAGGGGAAGAUUUUGGUGGCGUCUAUUUCAGAAUCAGAUUCAAAGCUUCAAGAUCAUAAAAAGACUGGACCAAGAGUAGAGGGGAAAUUAUCGAAAACAUUUUCUGAAUUGAAUAUUUAUUUAUCGAAUAGUUCAGACUGCAAUGAUGGCAUUUUCCUAUGUGAAAUACAUUAUAUGAAUACAACAGGAUCUAUGGAUAGAAUUGGGAAAAAGUCGGAGAAUUUGCCUAGAAAAUCACGUGACACAUUUCUAAUGAUGAACUUGAAAGCUAAAACACCAGACUAUGUAAAAUCUGUUGAUACAAUGGCCGAUUUUCUCAAAUCGUUUGAAGACCCAGACAGACUGAAAGGUGCAGACAUGACAAUGUCAUUACAGAUGUCACAUUCUGGUGGCGAUAAGUUCAACACAGAUAAAAGUUUUGGUCCAACAGAUACAGAGUUAAGUAACAGUUAUAAACAGAUCAGUUCCUCUUCACUUGAUGAUAAAAUGUUGGAUGAUAAGAUAAAGAAUUUAACUCUUGACGUAAACAAAACAUUACAGAUGAUGGACAAUAAACUCAGUUCAAAAAUAGAGUUAAACAAAUAUAGUUUUGCUUUUUUAAACGAAUCAAUGCAAACAAUGUUAGCCAACACCCAGAACCAGACAGAACAACUCAGUAUCAGAUUAAAUGAGAUGGAAAAGAAAAUAGAGAAAACUAUCACACAAGAGCAUAUCAAUACAACAUUAAAUUUGGUAGCCGGUCUCAACAAAACUGUACAAGAAUUUAAAGACAAGUACAACCGUUGCAAUUUUCAAACGUACUUAGAUUAUUGUAAAUCAUUUGCGUGCUAUACUUUGUUUCAGAGACGUGUGGCAGGUGACGUAAAUUUCACCAGAAACUGGAGCGACUACAAAAAUGGUUUUGGAUCUUUGGCUGGAGAUUAUUGGCUGGGAAAUGACUGGAUCUCAAACCUCACACAAAACGGCUACAAUGAACUGAGGUUUGACAUGAAAUAUAAAGGUAAAUCCUACUACGUCGUGUACAAGUAUGUGACUGUGGGAACUGAAGCAGAUUUGUAUUGGAUAAAAAUUGUAUUCCAGACAGGCAACGCUACAGACAACUUUUAUUAUCACAAUGGAAUGGCUUUUUCUACUUUAGAUAGAGACAAUGAUAGAAAUUCUAGUAACUGUGCUGAGCUGUAUAAAGGUGGUUGGUGGUAUAACGAUUGUCAUACUGUGAACGUAAACGGUGUGUGGGCUAAUAAAGUUUUUGGUGAAGGCAUCAACUGGUACGGUAUAACAACACAUGAUGAUUCUCUGGAGCAAGUUGAGAUGAAACUUCGACGACCGUGA